AUGACAGGACUUACAAUGGAUGCGAUAAUGCGGAGAUUUCAAGACGUUCAUAGUUUAUCUCAAGAGGCUAUCGAAACAAUCUCGUUAUGGGUGAUGCACUACAAGGACAAGAGAUCUAUCGACCUCAUCGUUGAAGCUUGGCUGGAGAGUUUCAAGAUAGCUAAAAAAGAUGAACAGCGCAUUGCUUUAUUCUAUAUAAUGAAUGACGUUGUUCAACGAGCAAAGAACAAGCACAUGGAUGUUCUGAUUCCGGCUUUCCAACCAGCUGUCCUUAGUGCGGUCACAAUGGGAAAGAGCUCUCCAUGUGUUAAGCAAGUGAUGAAUCGAUGCAUUGAUAUCUUCGGCGAGCGACAAGUGUUCACGGAAGCCAGCGUCAAUGUAAUGAAGAACAUGCUGCAGAAUGGUGAUGGUGAUGAAAGCUUCGCUGAACUUGACUCUGAAGAGGUUUACAAGAAGAUUGAGCUUUUUGAGCGCGUAAGCCCAUUUGAAAUUGUUGGUAGCAUCUUUGAUGUAGACUUAGUGCUCAGUCAGAUUUCAUCGUUUCGACAUUCAAUGGAGGAACAGAAACGAAGAAUGUUGCAACUCAUUGAGACUCUUGAGCUCGCAAAGCGGAACUUCUCUCACCAGCUGAAAGAUGUCACUGUUGUUGAAGACGCAUAUCAAAAGUAUUUCCAAGGAAUUCGUGAGGUUCACACCGACUUGUUAGUGAGUCCUGUUUUCUCAAAGCAGUGGCUUUUUGUUUUUCAAAUAUUUUUCCUCAAAUAUAUGGCUGUUAUAUUUUUUCGACAUUAG